GAUGUUUGGAACUUCCAGCUUAUCGGUUAAAUUGGACCUGCCAAGGGACCUACAUAUCCCUCUAAUUAAAUCUUAUUUUCUUACCACUAUCUGACAGACUGUCCUCACGCGUCCUUGCAAGAUGUCAACGUCGAGGCAGCUCAUCCCAGAGUCUUCCGAACCUGGAGAAAAGGAUGCCGUUCAGCUACAAUUGCUUAACAACAGCGAGCAAGGCCCAGAAACAUCCGACCAGCGCCUUCUGGAUCUAGGUUAUAAACCCGAAUUUCGACGUGAAAUGUCUUUGUUUGGUGUGCUGGGCGUAUCUUUCUGCGCAAUUGGUAUCCUCACUGGAAUGAGUAGUGCGUAUCAGACGGGUUUGUUCUCAGGAGGACCACUGGGGCUCUUCUGGGGAUGGAACAUAUGCAGCCUCUUCAUGUUGUUCAUCGCUUUGAGUCUUGCUGAGAUUUGUAGCGCGUAUCCAACCAUGGGUGGCCUUUACUUCUGGGUUUGCAAAAUGAAGCCAGAUUCUCCAAUCCUCGGCUUCUGUACCGGUUGGAUAUAUUCUAUUGCUAUGGUCUUCACAGGUACAUCUGGAAAUUUGAGUGUCGCACUAUACCUCGCUUCUCUCGCUGAAGUGGGACAAAACCGUACACUGACAAGAGUGGAGAUUGCUGCCAUUGCGUGGGGAGUCAACAUUGCAUCUGGUCUUAUCAACACUGUGGGAACCAAGGCUAUCGGAAGGAUGAGUACUUUUAACGUCUGGUGGACGCUAGCCGGAACAUUUGUUCUAGUUGUAACGCUCUUAGUCAAGGCCCCAGAGAAGAAUUCUGCUACUUUUGUGUUUACGGAUUUUGAAAAUUUCACGGGCUGGGGUUCAAAGGGUUUUGUAGUUCUGUUGGGAUUCCUUCAGGCGGUUUAUACACUUGAAGGCUGUGAAACGGCUGCUCAAGUUGCCGAAGAAGCUCAACGUGCUGAAAUCCUGGCCCCAAUUGCAGUGGUUGGGAGCAUAGUUGGCUCAUGGAUAAUAGGCCUCGCAUACAUGCUUGCUCUCCUAUUCUCAGUGCAGAGUAUUACGAGCGUACAAGCGACGACCUACGCCAUCCCAAUAGCUCAGCUGUACUAUGAUGCGGUGGGCCAGAAGCUGACUCUGAUGUGCCUGACUGUGAUCGUAUUAGCACAGUUCAUGGCGUCAGUCACAGCUUUUACAGCGAGCUCGAGACUAUUUUAUGCGCUGGCAAGAGAUAAUGCAUUGCCCGCAAAGGGCUAUUUCAUGGCACUAAAUAAAUAUCAAGCACCCUACUGGGGUGUUUGGGCCUCUGUCGUGGUUGGAUGUAUCAUUUCAUGUGCCUAUAUUGGAUCAGCCGUUGCUUUUGACGCUAUCUUAUCAUCGGCUGCGAUCGCAGUCCUGCUCAGCUAUUUGCAGCCCAUCAUCAUCCGUGUUUUCUGGCCCCAAGCACUGACGGAGCGUGGGCCAUUCCACUUGCGCCAAUGGUCUUGGCCCAUCAAUUUUGCGAGCUUUUUGUUCAGCGCAUUUAUUUGCGUAUUAUUCGUCCUCCCUACCGCUUACCCCGUGAAUUCAUUAAACAUGAACUAUGCCGUCGUUGCCGUAGGAGGUCUUCUGCUCAUUGUCGCUCUUGGCUGGGUCUUCUGGGGAAGACAUCAUUUCAUCGGUCCCGUACAAACAUUCAAGAUGUAGAUGACGAACCUUGCAUACUACGCGAUUUAUGAGUGUAAAAAUAUACAUAUUAACCUCCGGUCCUUUCUUGACUCUAUUUCUUCCUCAUCCUCCACUUUCCUUUGAUUUCCCUCAUCAUAGUCUUCUGCAAUCUUCCGGAUUUCGCGGCGGAGGCUCUUACCGUCACUGGCGAGAUCUAACCAUCUGUCAAUGUCAAGCCCUUGAGACUUGUACAGUGCUUCGCGUCUAGAAGAAAUUGAACAGUCCAGUACGGAGGAAUAAGAAACCUCUCGGCCCU